UUUAGAGCCCCUCACCUUUGAGACGCCGGUCGAUUCGAGAGACUACCUCACCCCACAGCAUGGGCAUCGUGGGAAUUUGCGUUCCACUUCCUCCAGAGAGCUUUUGGGUGUCGUCUAGAGUUUCCUGUUUUCUCCCGUUAUCUACGGAGUACCAGAACCUUGUUCCUCGUCUGAGAAAUAUGCGAUUCAAAUCCACCACCAUCCGUUCUGAGUGUCGAUGCUUUGGGUGUUGGUAAUGGGAUGAUAACACAGGGCCAGACGCGCCCAGGAAAGACUAGACAACUCGAACCAGUUAGCUUGAGAAUGGCUAGCUCGCCUGUGGGAUUGCAUCUCGGACCCUCCGGGCUUUUAGCACAGAUAUCCAACUCCGCAUCAAUCCCUUGCAAGUUCAAGCAUGGCCAUACUGAGUCUAACACGCACUACAUGCUUAAACGUGCGGGGAGCAAUGGAAUGGAGGCUAUUGCAAUCUCCCGCAAUCUCCCGACAAGGUGGUUGGUCGUGAACCCGACUGUGAGGUUGCUAGAUCAACCGACCCGACUUACGUCGCAUUUCGGAGGCUUCCUCUACGUUAUACCGAGCAGAAAGCCGCCACCCAGGAAUCUCAAUGGAGCAGUGUAUGAAUCCGAACGGUACUCCGUAGCUGGCUUGGUUUAUGGGUUUGGCGACUUAUUUGCCCCUGGGCCAGGAAUGUAGGAGGCUGAAGGAUAAACUUGGUUGGUAUGCAUGCAUGUAGAGCAAAGAUCGCUGCGGGAUAGAGUACGCCGUAAUGUCUUCAUAAUCAUGCUUGUUCUC